UGCGGCGAAAUGUGAAUAGUCCGUGUCGGGGUUGAGCCUAUUGAGCCAGCUGGGAAGAGCGCGAUGCGAAAGAAAAGUUUUAUUUUUCCACAUUUUCCCACGAGAAGAUGUUCAAUCGCAGUGGAAUUCUGUUAUCAGUGAAUACAGCUGUAAUUCUGUGGUGUUGUAUUGUGAAGAGUGUUGAUGGAUCUCAGAGAAAUAGCCUAAUUGUGAUAUCGUACGAUGGAUUCAAGAAUGAAUACCUCAAACGCAAUAUUACACCCUAUCUCAAUGCCUUUCGCGAGGAGGGAGUCUCGGUACCCUACAUGAGGAAUGUCUUUCCCACAAAAACCUUUCCCAAUCACCAUACAAUUGCCACGGGUGUCUUUCCGGAGGUGCAUGGCGUCAUGGCGAAUACCAUGUACGACCGUGACAGUAAGAAGAAGCUGGAAUACGGGUCCCCGAUGUUCCACCAAAACAAUGCCACUGUCCCGAUCUGGACGCUCAAUGAGAUGCAAGGUCAGUAUUCAGGCUGCAUGAUGUGGCCCGGGUCUGAUUUUUCCUAUGCCGGGAGAAAUUGCACACACAGCGUCGCCUACAACAAAUCCAUCUCCUGGGACGCACGUGUGGACAUUGCCAUGGACUGGCUGAAGGACAAGGAAAAGCCUGCGAGUCUCGUAAUCAUGUACUUUGAAGAUCCCGACUCUCAUGGGCACAUCUACGGGCCAGAUUCCAAAAUGGUCCGUGAAUUGAUCAUCAAACUGGAUAAUCUGACCAACAGCAUUCAGCAAAAAUUGAAGGCUAAUCAAUUGUCUGAUCGCGUUAAUGUUAUUCACUUGAGUGAUCACGGAAUGGAAGGAGUUCAUCCGGCCAAUUUUAUUGACUUGCGCCAAUUUGUAGCUGAUGAAUCCUGUGAUUUCUAUGGCUCAUCACCUGUUCUACAGGUUGUACCUAAGCUUGGGAGAUAUGAUGAGGUUUUAGAAGGUUUGAGGAGAGGGGCUCGAUCUAAUGGUCACUUUAAGGUGUUUAGCAAUGCAGAACUUCUGCUGCGAUGGCAUUUUAAUAAUUCCGCUAGAACUGGACCAAUAACUGUCCUUGCGGAUCCUAUUUAUGCCUUCCAAGAUAUGUAUGAAGCAUCAGAAUAUUACAGAAACAAACACAAUGUCACAGGGUCUAAUCAUACGUACGGAAUUCAUGGGUAUGACAAUGAAGCCCUACCGUCCAUGUACUCAAUGUUUAUGGCCAAAGGUCCGGACUUUCAGAAUCGCAAAGUCCUUGCACCUUUCGACACUGUUGAUCUCUACAGUCUCUUCGCUAAGAUUCUCAAUAUUUCAAAUCCACCGCCAACAAAUGGGACUCUAUCUCAUCUAGUGGAUGCUCUCAAGACAUCAGAGUCAUCAGGAAGUUCCAGGAAAGACCCUAAAGUCUCAGCAGCUAUUGUUGCGCUUGGCAGUGCAAUGGUCAGCUUCAGUAUUGUGUCCUUUAUUGCUACAUUUGUAGUUUUAUUGGUACGCAAACGGAGCAAUAGGGAUUCCCAAGAGAUUGACCUGACUGCAAGUCAUGAGGUAACACUCUUACUCAAGAACACCAAACACAGUCCCAGUUCAUCGUCGGGAUCGUCAACAGUAACAGAUACCGAUGCUAUUUGAUACAUUCCAAAGUAAAAGUCACAAAAUUGUCCAAACACUCGAUUAAAUUAAGUAAAAUGUAAAUAUCUAUUGAAAUACAUUACUUUAUAAUUUUAUACUAA